AUGUCUUUAUACCCUAAUGAUCCUCAACAUAUUGAGGCCAUUGUUUCAGCAGUUGUAACUGAAGAUGAAUCCCUUAUUAGUUAUGGGAUUCCUCUUCCUAACACUGAUCAACCAGGAUAUUCAAAUAUCUAUAGGAAUAAAUAUUCACCGGAUAAAUUACUUGAGACCAUUCAUCCUUCUUUAGAUACUUUUGCUGCUACUUUUAAACAUUCAGUAGCAGCUCAUGGUGAUAAACUUUGUUUUGGAUCUCUUGAUCCUUCAACAAACACUUAUCAGUAUGAAACUUAUAAACAGAUUGAUAAUCGUCGAAAGAAUUUUGCUGCCGGUAUGUUUUAUGUAUUGAAGAAUAAUAAGUUCCAACCAUCACCAGAAGUUCAACAAAAGAUUCAAAAUCAUGGUAAAACUGAUGAAGAAUCUUUCAUUGUAUCAUUAUUCUCCCAUAAUAGAAAAGAAUGGUGUAUUACUGAUGUAGCUUGUUCAACUUAUUCUAUUCUUAAUACUGCAUUAUAUGAUACUUUAGGUCCAAAGACUUCAGAAUAUAUCUUAUCAACCACCAAAUCUCCUAUUAUUGUUUGUUCCGGUGAUAAAUUGAGAUCUUUGAUUGAUUUGAAGUUAACAUACCCAACAGAAUUGGUCAAUUUAACUACUUUAGUAUCAAUGGAUGAUUUUGAUUCAUCCUUAAUUGGUGAAGGAGAAAAGGCCGGACUUGCAGUUCAUGCUUUCCAUCAAGUUGAAAUUUUUGGUAAAAUCAAUCCAGUCGAUGAAGUACCUCCAACUCCACAAACUCCUUAUUCGAUUAGUUUCACUUCAGGAACUACUGGAGCUAAUCCAAAGGGUGUUAUUUUAUCCCAUAAAAAUGGUGUAGCUUCAUUGGUUUUCUGCUUAACUAAGAAUAAUAGUAGAUAUAAUCAGGAUAAAAUCGGUGAUAAUCCAACUAAUUAUUAUUCUUUCUUACCUUUAGCUCAUAUUUAUGAAAGAAUGAAUAUCAAUUUUGCUUUAUUAAGAGGUUUCAAGAUUGGGUUCCCAUCAACAACUAAUCCUGCUAACUUCUUAACUGAUGUUCAAGUUAUCAAACCUCAUGGUUUAUUACUUGUUCCAAGAGUCUUAACCAAGAUUGAAAGUACUUUAAAAUCACAAACCAUUCAUAAUAGUGAGAAACCCGUAUUACAAUACUUAUUCAAGAAAUUAGUUGAUUAUAAAGUCAAAGAACAAAGUAAACAUGAUGGUGCAAGAGGUGAAUCAUUCUUUUAUGAUAAAUUAUCGGGAUUAAUCAGGAAAAAAUUGGGUUUUGAUAAUGUGAUUUCAAUUGGUUGUGGGUCAGCUCCAAUUUCUCCUGAUACUAUCAAAUUCUUGAAAGCCAUUUUAAGUGUAGGUAUUUCUCAAGGAUAUGGAUUAACUGAAUCCUUCGCUGGAAUUUGUUCAACUCCAUCAUUUGAUUCUAAUCCUGGAUCUUGUGGUCCUCCUUCAGUUACUUGUGAAGUAAGAGUUAGGGAAAUUCCUGAAAUGAACUAUCAUAUUAAUGAUGAAGGUGGUCCAAGAGGUGAAUUACAAUUAAGAGGACCUCAAAUCUUUUCAGGUUAUUAUAAGAAUGCUGAAGAAACCGCUAAAGCUUUAGAUAAAGAUGGUUGGUUUUCAACUGGUGAUGUGGCAAAAAUUGAUGAAUUAGGUAGAAUUCAUAUCAUUGAUAGAGUUAAGAAUUUCUUCAAAUUAGCUCAAGGAGAAUAUAUUUCACCAGAAAAGAUUGAAAAUAUUUACUUAUCAUGUUUCCCAUUAUUAUCACAAAUCUUCGUUCAUGGAGAUUCUUUACAAACUUAUUUGGUGGCUAUUGUUGGAAUUGAACCAGAAUCCAUUAAAGGAUGGAUUAAAAAGAAUUUUGGUGAUUCAGUUAAUGAUAAAGAUAUUCUUGAUUAUAUGAACAAUCCAAAAGUUAAAACAGUCUUUGUUAAAGCCAUGAAUAAGUCGGUUGAUCCAUUACUUCAUGGUUUUGAGAAAGUUCAUAAUGUUUUAUUUGACUUUGAACCUUUGAAAUUAUCUGAUGAUGUUAUCACUCCAACCAUGAAGGUUAAAAGACCUAUAGCUAAGAGAUUCUUCAGUAAACAAUUAGAGGCGUUGUAUGAAGAAGGAUCAUUGAUUAGAUCAGAGAAGUUGUAG